UUUUGCUAGCUACAAACACAUGUUGGUGUCAGACUCUGAAACUGAGUCUGAUGAUAACCUUAGCAAAAUUGCUGUAGCUGUUGAUGGUAAACAAGGGGAGGAUGAAGCGAAAAGGUCUUUUUCGGCUGACGAAGUUGCAAGGCCAUUCAACUCCAAACAAAGUGUUGAUCGAGAUGCUCUAGUAAAGCUUGCAAAGAAAUAUCAAAAGCACAUGCAGAACAAGCCUAUUCCAACAAGCCGUCUAAACAAAGAAAUUAUGGUUGUGAACUGGAAAGGUUUGGCCAAAACCUUGGAGAGAAUGUAUGGGCAACCAUUACAUUAUCUAACACACAAGCUUUGUAAAGAAUGGGACAAGUCAAGGUUUGGAAGUAAAAAUGAAGAGAAACCAUUGAAUGCGAUUAUUAAUUGGCGCGACGCUGAAGACACUAUAUGGAAAGUUGAAGCAGUCCAUAGGCUUUGCACUUCCCCUAUUCAUCUUGCAAUGCUUUGGCUUGAUGAUCCAACAUACCAUAUUUUUGUUAAUGAAGUUAUUACAGCCCCUUCAAGUUCAAUAAAAUAGUACCCUUUAGAAAUGAUCUAUUUCGUUCCAAUUAAACAUAAUCAA